UGCGCGUCUUGUUGUGCGUCCGUGGACCAAACAGCAGCAGCGGUGCGCUUUUCCUCCUCCAGAGCUGCAGGCAUCCCGGGGAGCAGCCACGCCGUGCAUGCCUCGGAGACCGGGAGAAGGAGGAUACUGUGUUUUUUCUUCUUCUUCUUCUUCUUCAUUAGUAUUUUGACUGAUUGAGACAGACAUAUUUUGUAUUUUCCUAAUGGUAACCAACACCGAGCAGCCGGAGACAUGUGGAAUAAUCUGGGGAAACUGCACCGCUUCUCACUAGUGUGUCUCCUCCUGACACUGCGGGCUGAGGUGUCUCAGUCCACGGGUUACUUCGAGCUGCAGUUGGUGUCGGUGGAUAACCCCAAAGGUCAGCUGCUGAACGGCGACUGCUGCGACGCGGAGAAGAGCGCGGCGGAGGGCCACUGCGGCGCGGACGAGUGCGACACCUACUUCAGAGUGUGUUUAAAGGAAUACCAAACGGAGGUCAUGACCAGUGGACCGUGCACCUACGGCUCGGAAACUACUAAGGUUAUCGGUGGGAAUACUUUUCAGUUCAAAGGCGGCCAGAAAACCGGACAGAACCGGAACAACGACGCCGGGAAGAUCAUCAUUCCCUUCCAGUUCGCGUGGCCGCGAGCGUACACUGUGAUGGUGGAGGCGUGGGACAGGGACAACGGCACACACAGCAAUGGUGAGGAGCUGCUGAUUGAGCGCAGCAUCCAUAAAGGGAUGAUCAGUCCGGGAGAGGAGAAGCACAUGGUGGAGUACAAAACCUUGACCGCCAGACUCGAGUACCACAUCCGUGUGCGCUGCGACGAACACUACUAUGGAAGCAAAUGCAACAAAGUUUGCCGUCCCCGCGACGACUACUUUGGCCACUAUGUGUGUGAUCAGCUUGGAAACAGAGGCUGCAUGGAGGGCUGGACUGGGGCCGACUGCAAAACAGCCAUCUGCAAACAAGGAUGCAGCGUCCUGCAUGGGUCGUGCAGCUGGCCAGGGGAAUGCAAGUGUAACUACGGCUGGCAGGGUCCGUUCUGUGACGAGUGUCUGCCGUACCCCGGCUGUGUUCACGGCACCUGUAACGAGCCCUGGCAGUGCACCUGUGAGAAGAACUGGGGCGGUCUGCUCUGUGACAAAGAUCUGAACUACUGUGGGACCAACCGGCCCUGUAAGAAUGGAGGGACGUGCAUGAACACAGAGCCAGACGAGUACAACUGCGCCUGUCCAGACGGCUACUCUGGCAAGAACUGUGAGAUCGCGGAGCACGCCUGUGUGUCUAACCCCUGUGCCAACGGAGGGACGUGCCAUGAAGUCCCAUCAGGCUUUGAGUGUCACUGUCCAGUGGGCUGGUCUGGGCCGACCUGUGCUAAAGACACGGAUGAAUGUGCCUCCAGCCCCUGUGCUCAGGGCGGGACCUGCAUCGACAUGGAGAACGGAUUCAAAUGCCUCUGUCCUCCACAGUGGACGGGCAAGACCUGCCAGAUAGACAUGUUUGAGUGUACGGGGAUCAAGCCUUGCCACAAUGCUUACUCUUGCAAAAACUUGAUUGGUGGAUAUCACUGUGCCUGCUUUCCUGGAUGGGUGGGCAAGAACUGUGACAUCAACAUGAACAGCUGCCACGGACAGUGUCAAAACGGAGCCACUUGCAAGGAGGUGGCCAGAGGCUAUCACUGUGUUUGCCAGCCGGGAUUCGUGGGCCGUCACUGUGAGGUUCAGAGGAACCGCUGCUCCAGCAGCCCAUGUAGGAACGGGGGCCGCUGCCACGCCCUGCUGGACGGCUUCAUGUGUGAAUGCCCCCAAGGCUUCGCUGGUACAACUUGUGAGGUGCAAAACGACCCUUGCAGCCCAAACCCGUGUCACAACAAGGCCCAGUGCCACAGCCUGAUGGGAGACUUCUACUGCAGCUGCCCAGAUGACUACGAGGGCAAAACCUGUUCAGAGCUCAAGGACCACUGCAAGACUAACCAGUGUCAAGUGAUUGAUAGUUGCACAGUUGCCGUGGCAACCAACGACACCCAAAAGAGGGUAUGGCACAUCUCAUCCAAUGUGUGCGGACCCCACGGCCGCUGCAUCAGCCAGCCUGCGGGGAACUUCAGCUGCUCUUGUGAGCCGGGAUUCACUGGCACCUACUGCCAUGAGAACAUUAAUGACUGCGCAUCAUCCCCCUGUAAGAACGGAGGCACUUGCAUCGAUGGGAUCAACUCCUUCCAGUGUUUCUGCCCAGACGGCUGGGAGGGCAAUCUGUGUGAUGUUGAUGUGAAUGAGUGCAACAGAAACCCCUGUCAGAACGGAGGCCAGUGUGUCGACCUGCUCAACGACUUCUACUGCAACUGUGUGGACAACUGGAAAGGAAAGACCUGCCACUCACGUGAGAGCCAGUGCGACUCCACUACCUGCAGUAAUGGAGGGACGUGUUACGACCACGGAGACUCCUUCCUGUGCAGCUGCCCCUCAGGCUGGGGUGGCAGCACCUGCAACACAGCCAAGAACAGCACAUGUGACUCGGGUCCGUGCGAGAACGGAGGGACGUGUGUCGGCGGAGGAGACACCUUCACCUGCAUCUGCAAGGACGGCUGGGAAGGAUCCACCUGUGCACAGAAUGUCGAUGACUGCAACCCACAUCCAUGCUACAACGGCGGCAUCUGUGUCGACGGCGUGAACUGGUUUCGCUGCGAAUGCGCCCCAGGAUUCGCCGGACCGGACUGCCGCAUCAACAUAGAUGAGUGUCAGUCGUCUCCUUGUGCUGAAGGUUCAACCUGCAUGGACGAAAUCAACGGCUACCGCUGCGUUUGUCCUCCAGGCCACGCGGGACCGCGCUGUCAAGAGUUCAUCGGACUGGGGAAGUCGUGUCGUCACGCUGACCUGCAGUUUCCUCACGGCAGCCGGUGGGAGGAGGAGUGUAACACCUGCCAGUGUGUCAACGGAUACGUUCACUGCUCUAAGGUGAGGUGCGGUCGUCGGCCGUGUCUCCUGCCAAAGGCUCUUCCUCCUGCGGACGCCAACCCUCCGUCCUGCCCCGGAGGUCACGAGUGUGUGGAGCAUCAGUUCCUCACCUGCUUCUCGCCACCCUGCCACCAGUGGGGCGUGUGCUCAAACCCGGACCCACCCACACCUCUGCACACCCGGUGUGAGCCAAACAGUGGUUACCUGGACAACAACUGCGCUCGCAUCACACUCAUCUUCAAAAAGGACAAAGUGCCACAGGGCACCACUGUAGAGAACAUCUGCUCGGAGCUGAGGUACCUCCCUGUGACUCAGACGCUGGCCGAGGAGCGAGCGCUGCUCAUCCUCUGUGACCUGUCCUACUCCAACGGUGAUGCCGUGGAGGUCGCCAUGUCCUUUGAGCAGGACGGGCGAUCGAAGGACAAUGAUCGUGGACAGAUCCAGAAAGCAGCCAGCGCCAUCAUCAGCGCUCUGUCUAAACGCCACAACAGCACCGUCAUGCUCGCCGUGGUGGAGGUCAAAGUGGAGACGAUGAUCAAAUCUCCUCCUGCUGGCUACCUGGUCCCCGUGCUGUGCGUCGUCUUCAGCGUCCUGUGGAUCUUCUGCAUCGUUGUUUGCGUCUGGUGGACCCGCAAGAGGAAGAAAGAGCGUGAGAGAGCCGCCCGAUCCGAGGACAGGACCGUCAACAACAAGCUGGAGCCACUGCGGAGCAACGCCCUCAAGGACAACCGCGACAAAGACAUUCAGUACGAAUGCAAGAAACUGAUGGGCCCCUCCGACAGGACGUGCGACGGGGCCGAGGGCGAAGAGGAAGGAGAGCAGGAGGGGGAGCAGGAGGAGGACGAGGAGAGGGCGCUGGGCAUAGGGGACAAGUGUCCGCCUCAAAAGUGCUCCAUAGCAGGGGCGCAGGACAGGGGGAUGAUGGGAAAGGGAGGGGUCAUCUGCACGUCGCGCAGCGGCCCAGUGAAGGCACCACACCGGACAGCGUACAGCCCCAAGGACAACCGGUGUAAAAACCUGAACGCCGCCAAGCUCAGCGAGGACAUUAAAGACCAUUACGUGUGAACAGGCCAGAGGAGGAGGGACCUUCCUGAAUCAAAGAAAAACAAACUGCAAUGUCUUCAAUGUCACUGACUUUUCAAUUCUUAAAAGCACCAAAAGUGAAGAUUACAGAUGCUUUAAUUUUUUAUUUUUGUUUGUUACACCUUAUUUAACUUGGUCGUCUGCAGCAUGGAGGCUUGUUUCACCAAAAACCGACAAAAAAAACACAGAAAACAACCCAAAAAAAAGAUGGAAAAUAAACAUCACAGCUUCUGGAUUUCUGGAUUUUCAGUUUAAUCAUCACACUGUUGGAAUCAAGAAGAGUUUGUUUUGUUUUUUUUCACUGUUCCUGAUUUUUUUUUUCUCUGUUUAUAAACUGUUUCUGUUUGCUUCAUGAGGACUAACGCUCUCUUUCUUUUGAACCUUGGAGAUUUAACUGAACGGCACUGGCUGUGCGGCUGUGUAUGUCGUUUCUGCUGUUUGGUGCAGUAGGUUCCUGUCUGCCUUAGCCCAGACCUGCGGGCCUUUUCUACUCUGUCUUGAUAUCAUGUCUUUUUAUAAAGAAAAAAAACAACACAAAAAAAAGUUUUCUAUACAUUUAAGUUCUUUGGAAGCUGGCGCAGAGAAUUGACUGUAUGAUACCUGGCAUGAAAAGUUUUUGUUUACAUUCAUAAAACAUCUUUUCCAUUCUGUGUUAAGGCUUAAAGGUUCUUAUAUACCCUUUCAAAAUAAUGGUCACCGUUUCCUGCGAGUCUACAUGAUGAUUUUUCAGUAUUUGCUAUGGUAGAAAAGUGCCUUCAGCCCCUUAUUUUUCUUCUCUCUCCUCUUAUAGACUUUAUGCAGAUUUUAAAUCCAUAUAAAGGGAAAGAUGUCCUAGUAACAACUCUUCAUACCACAGUAAAGGUUAUUUUCUUUGUGAUGUACAUAUGUAAAUAUGAACAAAUGGCUGUGUAUAUUUGAGUUUAGUAACUUAAGUGAUGCUUUGUAUCAUAGUUAUUCUAAAUAAGAUUGUUUUGUGGUUGUUUUUUUUUUUUUUUUUUAAUGAUGUCAUUCCGUUCAUUAGUGUCUGUUGACACUAUGACAGGUUUUAUACAGAUUUUCGGACUGUGUCCAGAGUCUCCCUGAGUCAUGAGCAUUGGUUUAAAAAAGAAAACAGAUCAUGAUUGUUUGUCUUGAUGUGUUGUGAUUAUUUGUUACAGCUGUUAAGAAGACAAAUACAGAGUCUGGAGAGCUGUUUGUCAGGUCUGUCCAUCAUUGUGAAAAGGCUGUUAGGACAUGAGCAGCAGUGAGUCACAUCUCGAACAGCUCAGUAGUCAAUGCUACAACUAUAGGAACCUCCUUUAAAACAGUCCUGGUCAUUUCAUUGGAGUGAAAUUGUGUUGAGGUGCCACCCCACCUGCAACAUUAACCUUUCUGUAACAAAGCCCAAACUACACCUACAUACAAAUUCCAAGUCCACAAAGAUCAAAACCAAUUUAAUUCUUAUUCAUGUUAAUUCUGAGUUCCAGUUUCCCAGAAUGCAAAAUAUGUUUCAAGAGCCACAAAUUCAAAUCAUGCGAGCCAACCCUCCAAAUGCAUCUAAACGUCAAUUUUUUAAAUGAUGUUUCAGCUCAGCUCGCUGACAGUUCUUUGGGAAAUACUGGUGAUCUUUUCCACUUUUUCCGUACUUCAUGUUUUUGUUUUACCCAAUCCCACAGGCUGUGUGUGUGUAAAUAUGAAAAUCACCCUGUUGGCAUCCGGUUCAAAAGCAGCAGAGCAUCAGUACACAGGGCUGGUCUCAUUGGACGACCUGGCCGCAGGGCCUCCUGCUGAGAUGUUUUUGGUUUCCUUUUGUGCAAGACAUUUGAAAAUGGAAAAGGAAACAAGUCAAGUCUUCAUCCCAAAAGUCUCGAGAAGUGAGCCAGUAGUUGUCUAUUUUAGCACAUGCCUGAUUUCUCCUCAUCAAUCCACAGUGCACAUUUUUCCCCUUUUUGAAUUCGUGCCACUGGUUCCAGAUCCAUUUUUCUGUCUUCAGUUUUUGCUUAAUAAUUUCUCAGAAAAUGACUUCAGCUGUGUCCGACAGCUCCCUCAUCCACUCCCAUGUUACAAACACUCUUGUUACAUUGUACAGAGUCGUAUAUUGAUGUUUCUUAACACUAUCAACAAUUUUACAUUCCCUCUGGCAGAUAUUGUGGCACAUAAUGGUGAAUCAGAUGUUUGCAAUGUUUGACACAUUGUGGAAUAUUAAGGAGAAAACUGGUACACUGCACAUGCUUUUCAUUUCGGGAAUUUAACAUGUGGCCCAAGUGUAUUUUACAAUCAGAAUACACUCAAAGACACACAAAUGGCAGGAUAUAAAUAUACAUUUGAUGUCAUUACACAGCAUCCCUUUAUUCCUUCUCAUCUUUGUACAAUUUCAGUUUAGUUAGGAAGUCCAGUGGGUUAAACAAUCAAGAUUUUUGCUCCUAAUUGGGGACUCCAAAGGGCACAGAGGAAAUUAACCUUGUGCUGUGGUGGAGCAGCAGGUCUUGAACCAGCACUGAUGCAUCUGAUUGCUAUUUCCAGUACACACUUACGGGUCACAGGGUCCAAACAACUUAAAAGCACUGCUGCCAGUCUCUCUUCAGCCCCUGCAUACUUAGGUUAUAAUUUCAUCGUUUUCCAGUCUGUUGGAAUCAGAGCUGCCACACACGGCAGCAGGGUCUUUAGUGAGCAUGAAAACCCUCCUUGUGCUGCAGGAGACACCUUCAUAACGGCAAUCAACCACCCUUGCUGAAGUGCCCUUUAGCACGACACAGAAUCCCCAUCAUAGACAAAGGGUGUGUGGUUUGAAUGGGAACCUACGCACAGUGAAUGAGUUUGUAUCCUAAUUUUUUAACCCUGUUUUAGCCCCGCCUCUCCUCGUGUAUCUAUUCUGGUCUAAUGAAGGGAACAAGUUGUGUUGUUGUUGAUGUUGCUGACUGUUGUGCUUGUUGUCCAGUGUUUGUAAAGAGUCUGUUUCUGCACUAAGAACACACAGGAAGAGAGAAACAUUUAGCAUUACCUCCACAGCGGUAGUGAAAAAAAAAAAAAAAGUCAAAUAUUGUCACUAUCUGUGGAUGAACAUUAUGUUUUCAAUAUUUUAUGUUUUUGUUAAUAAUGCUGAUGCAAAUCAUGGAAAAUCCAAAUUCAUAUUCUGUCAGUAAAUUUUACAUUGUGUUAGCCCCAGAGAAGGGGCUGAAUGUGCAGAACAUUGUAAUUAUUUUGUACAAAAUUUGGUAAAAGUCUUGGUUUGUUAGUGGAAUUUUUUUUGUUUGUUCUUAGAACAAUCCUAUUAUUUAUUAAAGUAUUUUAUACCAAA